AUGAUGCACAUAAAGAAGUAAGUUUUAUGAGUUUAUUUAAUUAUACUUAGUUAUUUUAGAUAGAAUUAAAAAGUAUUAAAUGUAAGUAUAAUAUCAGUGAAUUGAUUAUUAAAGAUUUUCAUGCAGUAAAAGUAAAUUUUAAUAUUGAAGAGCAUUGUGAUUCACUAAAUAAUAGAAUUAGAAUUUAACUACAAAAUAUUUAGAGUUGGUUAUUAAUAUUAUUUACACAUGCAAAUAACAUGGUAGUAUUAUAAUUUGUAUGGUCUAAAACUACAAAUAAAGAAUAUCAAGUUACACUGUACUUUUAUAGUAAUAUUGAAGCUGUGUAUAAAAAUCAUAAUUUAAUAGACUAAUAAUAAUUACACAGUUAUUAAUAAUUAACAAAUUUUAUAAUAUAAAUAUGCUAUUCUUGAAUACAAUUAAAUAUGACAUGCUCAAUAAAUUACAUAUAUAAACUUUCAACUGUUGUAUUAUAAAUGUAUUUUACUUCCUAAUAAUAAUCUUAAUGAUAAUACUUUUCCAUUAAUCUAAUGCCUGAGACCCAUUUAAGGGAAAGAUUAAAAGCUGUUUUAGACCAAUAGAGAAUGAAAAAUUGUAUAGAAAGCACUUUGUUGACAAAUUGUUUAGUUUAUUAUAGAACUCAAUUUUCCAAAUUAAAAUUUGGUUUGUCCAAAAUAUAUUUAAAUGAAAUGUACUGAUGUGGUUUUUUUACCAAAUCUUCAAUAAUAUCAAAAUUUUGGAAGUUUUGAUUACAUUUUCCACACAAGUAGAAUUGCAUUAGUGCUUUUAUUUUAUACUAUAUUGAAAUGACAAAAUAUAGAUUAUACUUACAUAUUUUUAAAUAAGUAUAAAGUACUUAGGUAUCUUGAAAUAGGACUUGAAAAUUUAAUAUCAAAAUUAAGUAGUUAGAUAUUUAAUGUUUAUCUAUUUUUAAAAGGCAAUGUCUAUAAAGUUAAAAAUUAAAGAAAAAAACUAAUAAAUAUAAAAGAUUUUUUUUUUUGUUUUUAAAUCCGAUGUAUAUUUGGCACGAUACAAUAUUCUCUAAUCCAUCUAAAUUUAACAUGAUGGUCUCUUGGAUAUUUGUCUAGUCAUAAACCUAUCAUGAUAAUUUUACGGUUUAAUGAAACUCAAACAGUAUACAUAUUUUAAGAUUCCGUAUAUAUUAUAAAAUACAGUGUCCCAAUAAGAUCUGGCAAUUAUAAAAAUUUCGUUCUGUUUAGUAAUUUUAAGAUUUUUUUAUUUUAUUUUAUAAUAAUUUCUAGAACCUAUUCUAUGAUUCUUAUAUUUUUUCAGAAAUCCAAUAUUUUGGUAUUAAAAAUGUUUAUUAACUAUUCAUCAAUAGUUAAUUUUUUACAAUUUAAAAUUGUUUUCAAUGCAUUUACAAAAUAAUAAUAAAACAAAUAUAAUUUAUAUUAUUAUAAAAUGUAUUUAUUUGUCUGAUCUCUGUGAGACUAUAUUUGUGUAGGUUUACAGUUUGUAUUUUACUAUUGUUUUUGUUUUUUUUGUAGAAUGUUAUUAAGUUGGAUACUUGUAAUUUUAUAUACAACGAUUAUCUUUCAAAGGAAAACAAAUGCUUCCGCAAGUAUGUGUUUUGUUUAAUUAUAGAUAUUAAUUAUUAUACCACCAGUUAUAUACCCAACUAAAGUCUUAUUUAAAAGACUACGUAGGUAUGUAUAUAUUUUAUAAUGUACAUAAUUAGAUACGUCUUGUACAGUUGUACCUACUACCUACUAAUAUAUUUUAUUAUAUUAUUAUUAUAAUUACAAUAUUUAUUAUUUUAUUUUUAUAUGAUUUUUUUAUUUUAAUUUUUAAAUAUAUUAUAGGAUUUACUAAUUAAGGUAUUAAAGUUUUUUUUUUUUCAUUAAGUAAUCCAAAUAAAAAUUUAAUGUUCUACAAAAUUAAAUUCUUCAUUAUCCAAAAAAUUCAAAUAAUUACUUGUUUCAUUAAUUUUAAGUAAACAAUUAAAUUUUCAAUUUUUUUGAAAUUUGGUCAUUCUUAAUUGGAAUAUUAGAGUGAAGAUUAAAAUAUACAAACUGCAAGUACUCAUCAGUCAAAGGCUAUUGAAUCUAUUGAAUGAAUAUAUUUAUCUAUGAAUAUAUUUUAAUAUAAAAAAUACCCUGUUAUUGAGUCUUGAGUUUUAAAGGACACCACACUAUAAUAUUCUCGAUGGAAAAUCAAAAUUGAAUGCAAUAUUAAUCGUAGAGAAAAAUUUAAUAAGUACCUACUAUGAACACCAUGAUACUGGACAAUUAACUGAUUUUUAUCUGCGCGUGAUUUUUAUGGGAAACUUUCACCAAUUUAUUUUGUGCAGCUUCACUAUAAUAAUAUAAUGGUCUUGAAUUUAUAUUUGCAUAAAAGUUAAGAUAAAAUUUAUUUUUGUUCGGUUACAGGCAAUACAUCAAAGACACGAUCUGUUGAUGAUUAUUCAGGUAAAGUCACAAUAUUGGUUAUAAAUACCUACUGUUUAUAAUUAAAAUUAAAGUUCUCUAUUAAUAGAUUAAUAUCAAUAUUUAAUAUAUUAAAAAUUUACAAUAGUAAUUUUGAAAUGUAUAAUAUUAAUAUUGAAUACAUUUCUAGACAGCAUCGUAUAUAGGUACUUAGUUUAAAAUGUACAUCUGUUUUUUUAAUAUUGUUGUUAUUAUUAAUCUUCAUAACAAAUAUCUGUUUACAUCAUAUAAUAUUAAAUAUUUAGUUAAAGAUCUGGAGAUGUAAUAAUUUAAUAAACAAUUUUAUAUAGAUUAUGAUGAAGGCACCAGCCGACCUAUUAAAGACCAAACAUCAAUGGAACCAUGUGGUAACUACCGACCAGGAGAAGAUGACAUAGAAAUAAUCGAUUUUAUUAGGAAAUUCAACAUAGAUUCGACAGAAGAAAUGUUCAAUAAAAGCAUAACUAAAGUGGCAGGAUCUAAUCGUUGGCAAACUGCAUAUAGAGUAGAAAAAACAGCACAAUUAACUAUGCCCACAAGGUAUAUUAUAUAUUAUUGACUGUUGUACUGUAUUAUUUUAUUUAUUUUUACGUUUAAAGUACCUACUUGAUGUCUAUUGCUGUAUGCCACUACUAUUCAUGAAUGCAAGAACAUUGUGUAGACUAUUAUUAAUUUAUUAGUGUAAACAAUUUUAAAACUACUUAUUAAGUGUACCUAAUUUACAGUUUAUAAUUUUUUACAAACAAGAUUUUAUUUCUAAUAUAUUUUAUAUAUUAUUAUUUUAUUAAGCUGUUGAGAAGAAGAAUAAUAUAAAUUAUGUUAUUUAUGAUUAUAGAACUGUGUUUCCAUUAGGCGUCCCUCAACAAUUUUCUUUUGUCGCUACUUUCUCAUCAAAAGUGGUAACCAGGUCAUUGUGGGAUAUACUUAAGAUCACCGAUUUUGAGAAUAAUAUAAACUUACAAAUUACAUUGGAUCAAGCUAUAGGAGUCGUAAAGUUUUCUAUAGUUAAUUAUGAUGGUUAUUUGCAAACUGUUACAUUUGAAGCAAGUAAUGUAAGUUUUUUUAUGUAUUUUUAUUAUGUACGCUUAGUAUGUCAUUUACAAAACGAUUUUAUCAGUAAAUUAUUUCAAAUGUACUGUAGUGUUGUCUAUAUUUUAGCUAAAUCUUUAUUGAUUUAUUCUUAAAAAAAAAAAAAAUAAUUUUAACUGGUUAACUAACAGUAUAGAGAGAUUUUGGUUGGAUUCUAAAUAUAGUCCAGUAGAAGUUCCCAGGAAAUCUUGAGGAGGUCUUUCAUGGAAGUUAAAGAAUUGCAGACAAUUUUUUGUUCAUCUAAAUAUAUGUAUUUAUUCAUAUAAAUUAAUUUUUAAUAAUAUUUUUCUUACUUAUAUCAAUUUUAACAACAAUUUUGAGUGUCACGAACAUGGACUUAAUAUUAAGACCUUGUGGUCAUGAAUAAGAAAUGACACCACCUCAUAGGACAAUAGAUUAAAAAGUACCUAGUAGUUACUCUGAACAUCACUUCAUUACUGCCCCUACUUCGCAUUCAAUAGAUUCUAGCAGCAGUUUAGAAUAAUAAAAUAACACUACUAAUAUACAUGUAUGUAUACAUACAGUGUCAGACGAAGUCAUACCCAUUGAAACAUCUUAAAUAGUAUUAACUUUGUUCUACUUUUUUGUUUGACAAUUUAAGAAACAAUCAACUAAAAUUUUUUCAUUUCCGUUAUUUUUUUGUCAUUUAUUUUUAAAGGUGAAAUAGCUACAUAUUUUUGAUUUUAAAAUAGUAUCUUAUAUUAAAAAUUCUAUAAAUAGAUGUUUAAGUACAUUAUAAAAUACAAGUUUUAUUCCAUUAAUUUUUGGGUAAGAGGGGGCAGUGUUACUCAAUUUGUGAGGUGGCACGGUGCACGCAGUAUUUGAAUACUACUCCUCUACUCUCCUACCUAAAAUUAAAAGUAGAAUAUCUUAUAAACAGAUUGACGAAAAUCAAAAACUUCAACACCAAAAUAUUAAACUAAUACUCCAUAGUCUCAAAGUACUUUAAUAAUAUAGAGUCAAAAUUAGGAUUCUAAUAUGACUCAAAUAGGAGUACCUGCUCUAGAAUAAAUCUAGAAAAUGUUACUCCAAUAUAGGUGACCUACUUUAUUAUUCUGUUUGAAGUCAGUGUCAGAACGAUAAAUAAAACCAACCAAACAAUAAAACUAGUUAAAUUUAAAGUAGCCCAACACUUCUUAUUUUUAUCGGCCCAAAGUAUAAAAUUUAACUCAAUCCAGCACUAUUUGAAUACUAGGUUGAAGUUCUCAAAAAUCCUUUAGUGGGAUUUCUUAUGGGGAAUCCGGUGCUGUUAUGAUUCUUAUUUACUUCAUAAUAAUUAAAUCUUCCAUCAAAUUAAACAAAUUAAAAUGAAUUAAAUAAUUUAAAAAAUCUUAAGGUAUUUCAUGUAUCAUAGACACUCAUUAUUGAUUGAUGGGCAUCAAAAAUUUCAGCACCAAAAUUUAUUUUAACUAAAACUACAUUUGUUUAUGGAGUUUUCAAUAUAGGUUGUCAUUUUAAAAUUAAAAGUAGGUAGUGGUUUUACCCCCAAAAAUAAGUAUGACAAAGAAACACAUACAUUUAAAAUUGUAUAGCUGCUUGUUUCUUAAGUGAUCUAUAAAACAGAUUCUGAAAAAAAUUAAUACUUUCAGAGAUAAUGAGUGUCUUACAAUAGAUUGAACACUGUAUAUACCAAGAUAAUGAGUAUAACAUAAUACUUAUUAAUUUAAAAAUAACUAUCCAGAUAUUGUAAUUGGACUAAAUUAAUAUUUUACAUUUUUGACAGAUUUUUGAUAGAAAUUGGCACAAGCUUCAUUUUGGAAUUUUUUAUGAUAGAAUUGUACUUUACAUAGAUUGUAAACAAAUUGGGGUGAAAUUGUUGGAACCCAGAGGUACAAUAGAUAUUAUAGGUAAUACUUCAUUAAUAACAAUUACGGAUUACCAAGCAGCACCAGUAAGUUUUAUCAAAACCCUAUAUAACUCUCUUCAGUUUAUAAACUAAUUUAAUCAUUUUAUAGGUGGAUAUACAAUGGAUAACAUUUAGUUGUGAUCCAACAAAACCUCAACGGGAAGGAUGUGCAGAACUCUAUCUGGUAAUAAUUUAAUUAAACUUACAUACAAUUAUUCCUAUAUAAUUGAAUUGUCCACAAACAGGACAGAUUUAAAUUUAAAUAAUACCUUAAUAUAAAAUAUAAAAUUCAUAAUUGUAUGAAGGUUGGAGAAGAAAAUGUACAAACUGCAACUAUAACAAAUAGUAGAUGUCCUUAUCGAGAUAAUAAAUGUCAAAAUUGGUCUCAUCAAGUAAAUGUAAAUCAAAGUCAAUCAGGGCCACCGGGACUCCAAGGAUCUCGAGGAUCCCCAGGACUGCAAGGAUCUCCAGGACCUCAAGGACCCCCUGGACCUCAAGGAUCCCCAGGACCUCAAGGACCCCCAGGACCUCAAGGACCCUUAGGAAUAAAAGGGUCUCAAGGACUGACUGGGUUACCAGGUCUAUCAGGAGCUGAAGUAUUUAUAACUAUUUGUUAAAUAAUUUAAAUUGAUUUGCAGUCAAAUAUAAAUUGUUUUGCAAAUCAUAAUAUAUAUCUAUAAAAUAAAAUGUAUAUUUUUAAUAGGGUUUACAAGGAUUUCCUGGUUUAAAAGGAGAACAGGUAAAUUACUGACACUUAGAAAUUGUUUUUAUAUAAUAAAAAAACAUAUGCACUUAUAUAAUGGAUGGGUAUAUAUUCAUAUUACAGGGAGAACGUGGGAUGCCAGGUAGUAAAGGUGAGCCAGGACCUCCUGGGUCCACAACUUAUAUUCCAGGAAAACAUGAAGUACAAUAUUUAAGACCAGUAAGUAUAGGAUACAAUAACUUUAGAAGUUAAUUUGUAGUUAAUUUAAAACAGAGUAAGAAAAAGAUUUACUUUAAAAAUUUAAAAAAUCUUAUCAAUAUUACAAAUAGGUAUCUUAUUGAUAUUAUAGUCUUUGCUCUAUACCAGGUGAUUCAUUUAAGUGGGUACACUUAUUAUCUCGGAAAGUAUUAACUUUUUCCGGACUUUAUUUUCUAGAACGCUUAAGAAACAAGCUACUCCACAGUUUUAGAUUGAGCAUUAGUUGAAAUAAAUUAUAGUGUUGAAAUUUUUUGAUUUCAGUCAUGCCGUUAACGAGAUAUACCACUUUUAAUUUUAGGUUGAAGAAGAGUAGUGGUGCAUUAUUAACACACCACACGCCAUACCGCCACACCAAUAAUACUCCGCUACUCUCCUCCAACUCAAACUUUAAAGUGGUAUAUCUUGUCAAUGGGUUGACCAAAAUCAAAAAAUUUCAACACUAUAAUUUAUUUUAACUAAUACUCAAUCUAUGUAUGGAUUUUUUAAUAAGGACAGCCAUUUGAAAAUCAAAAGUAGAUAGUGGUUUUACCCCAAAAAAUAAGGGUGACAAAAAUAACACAAAUAUGAAAUUGUGAAGCAGCUUGUUUCUUAAGUGUUCUAGAAAACAUAGUCCGGAAAAAGUUAAUACUUUCUGAGAUAAUGAGUGUAUUCACUUAAAUGAAUCACCUUGUAUGGUGUUUUUUUUUAUAAAUAAAGUAAAAAUGGUGGACAUAAUUUGUUCGAUGUAUGAGCCACUAUUGUAGGUGAAAAAUUAGGAAGGUAUAAUAAGAUAUAAUAAUAAUAAGGUAUAAUAGGAUAUAAAGGAGAAUUCAUUGUAUAUCUGUAUGCAACAAUUAGUCUUUGCUAUAAAAUAACAAUUCUAAGCAGAGUUCAGUUAUACAUGUUUUAGAAGGCCAUUAUAUUUACAAUUUUCAAUUUACAAUAUAUUUACAAUGAUACAAUGUCAUGAUUAUUAUUAAAUACCUAACUACUACUUACUCAUAACACGUAUUCAUGGAACACAAGAUACAUUUAAUAACUAAACACGGUUACAGUAAAGCAUGGAUAUUUCUGAUUUCUGUUUACGUGACAUGAAAACUGAACUAUUGUCUAACUAUAAUUAACUCUGUUGGGUCAUUCCAAUAAGGUUGGGUAUAAAUUCUCCAAUUGAAUUUUUCACUAAGCUAAACCACUAAUUAGUACUAGAUAUUAAAAGUAAGUCUUUUUAUUUUUUCACAGGGAACAUUUGGCCUACCAGGUGAGAAAGGAGAACGUGGAGAACCAGGUUAUUCAGUACGUACCAACAAUAUAAUAUUUUACCUUUUUUGCUUGAUUAUAUUUGAUAAAAGAAAAUUAGUGUCAAGAGAAUGUUGAUGGACUGAAAAGGUGUAAUACAUAUUUUAGUACUGUAUUGUAGAAAAUACAGAGAGAUUUUUUUUUUAUCAUGAACAUUUAAUUCCUGUUUUUUUCAUCGUGGAAUCGUUUAAACUUUCAUUUAAAAAUAUUUUUCAUUAGGACAUAGAUUCAGAUAAGGAAUAUUUUUUUUUAGAAAUUUUGGUAUGCAUAACAAUAGUAUUAGAUUGAUCGUUUAAAGUUAAAAAGCUUAUGGUUUUACAUAUAUGAGUGGCAGCACCCGUCACAUUAUCCUAAGACAUCUUUUUAAAUUAUAAAUUGAUAACUCUAUUCCUCUGAUCUAAACUUUAAAUGGCUAUAAUUUAUAAACCAGUACAUCUGAUAUUAGUGUUAUGUAUACCAACAUUUCAAAAAAAAAAAACUGGGGUUUUAUAUUUGAAAAACGAAAUAUAUACCUAUUUAACGUAUAUGGAGUUAAAAUAAAAAAUUUUAAAUAAUUUUAAAAUAAAGCUUAAACAAUUCCUCAGUGAUUAAAAAAAAAAAAAAUCAAAAAAAUUUAAAAUCCUCCAAGAUAAUUGCUGAUUCAUGAUUGAAAAAGAAAAAUAAGAUAAUAGGGACGAGUGCAGCCACUGGUGUAGUUGAGAAAUUGGGAAAGUAAGAUACAGACAGGAAUAUAAUGUAUAUCUGUAAGCAACGAAAACCAUUUCUUACGAAAAAAAAAUUCUGAGCGGAGUUCAGAUGAUGCUUUGUCAAUAAUAUAUAUUCCAUAGUAAAAUAAUUAAUUAGGCUGUAUAUAUAUUCUUUAAUAAUAUUUGUUUAAUGUUGUAUCGAUUUCCCUACUUUUUUCCUAGUUUUCCUAUGUUUUUUCCCAGUUUUUCACAUUUGCUGAGGAAACUCCGGAGAAAAUCGAUAAACAACCUCUCUAAAAUACCUCCACAGUUUAACUUCCUUUUAGAAAAAUUUCCAGUAGAAAAGUUGUGCAUAGAAAAAAAGAAGGCCGUAAUAUUAUAUUUAUUUUAUUUCGUUCGUAAAUUUUCCUAUUUUUUUUCGGUUUUUCGCAUUUGAUGAGAAAACUACUGAGAAAAUCCAAAAAUAAUGUCCCUAAAGUACUACCUCACGACGAUUUUGUAUCAGAAAUGAUACUACACUUAGAAAUCCGAGCAAGUCUUCCGAUAGAAAAAGUGUUUACAGAUAAAAAAAAUAAACAUCUUUUUAAAACCAUAAGCUUCUUCGCUCCACUCAGAAUCUAAAAUAACUCUGUAUUUUAAUGAAAUAACAAAUGGGAACCUGUAAAGUAAAGUUAAAGGUAAGAUAGUUGAGAGUAUAUUGGCGCAAAUAAGGGGAGGAUAGCCUCCCCUUACAUAAUCAUUUUAAUCAAUAUUUUAGGGGUCUUAAACCUUAAGAGUAGAGAGUUACCUAAUCAAUGAGAUAGAUGAAUUUGGAAUGAAUAGUGGAAAUCAGGGCCGUUCUUAGAUCUUGCGAGGCCCGGGGCAAGAUAUCAUUGCAAGGCCUUCCUAGUUUUCACUACUAACGUAAAUACUUAAAUAUAAAUAAAGUCGUAUUAUAAUUAAAAUUAUAACUAGGAUUUACAAAUACAAUUAUUUAAAUAAAAUUAAUUUUUCUUGUUUUUGCUUCCGAAAAUGUUGCGAUUAAAUCUUCAUAAUCCAAAUUUUUACAAAUUUAAUUUUCAAUUGAAAUGAUCAGAAAGAGAUCAGAAAGUCUUUCUUGAACUAUAGUGUUCCACAAAUAAUUUUUAAUCAUUUUUAGUUUCGAAAAAUUUCUUUCGACAUUUCGGCACUACUUAGUUGUAAUGUUUGAUAUUAUAAACAUGAUUCUCAAAGCUAUAGAAAUAUUUAGAAAAUAAUUAUAAUAAAAAAUAAUAUACAAAAUAAAAACUUUCGCAGUGAUAUUUUUUGUUUGGUGAUAACUGCCCACUAGUAUUCUUCAAUUGUACGCGCUAGAUAAAUAAAUAUAGUGCUGGUUAUUUUUGACAUUCUACGUAUUUACGACAAACAUAAUGGUUUUAAUAAUAAAAACGAUAUGAUUUUGAAAAUAAAAAAAUUAUUAGAAAUUCGUCCUCCCUCUGUAAAAGUUCCAUGUCAGUUAUUUAUCUUACUUUAUGCCAGUCUAUUAGUCUUUAAUAAUAUUAGACUAUAUUGACAGUUGAUGAGUGAUAAAUGUUUAUUACAUUAUGAUAAUGGUAUUGUAUAACGUAUAAUGGGGCGUUCCCACGAGGUGUUAAUCACGACAGUCAACCACGCUAGUCAACUUUCGUUUGUGACACUCACGAAAGUGUGAAUUGAUGAAACAUUCACACGGGUUUGGGUUCGUGCCGUUCACGCCUCGUGUUUCGACUUAGUCACUAUCGAAACAUCGAUCAUGAAUGAUCUGGUUGUUGAAAGUUGUGCUGUUUUAAGUAAGUUUUUUGUUACGAUCUUAGCAAAAAAAAAAUGGAGCGCUUACUGGUCACAAUUACAAGAAAACAAAAAAAAAGACGUUUUUGAGUUAGAGAAUGGAUACAGCGAAGAAACAUGUUAGGAGCGUCGAACUUGGUUAGUAUAGAAUUAAAAAGCAAUUUUCCAGAUGAUUUUAGAAACCUACUGUGAAUGACUGAAUUUCAAUUUGAAUACUUCUUAUUACCGUGUUACCAAUAUUAUCUCAAAUCAAAUAUUUUUUCAUCUUGGCUUCACGAACGGUAUAUCGCGACUGAAAAUCAAACACGUUUCAUCUAUCCACGCUUGGGUCGUGCGCCGUUCCUCACGAAAGCAAGUUUAACGACUGUGCGUUCACACAGAAGUGUAUUUCAGGAAAGCGUGGUUGACUGUUGUGAUUAACGCCUCGUGAGAACGCCCCAUAAUAGUAUAAAUUAUUUCUGCAAUUUAUUAGUUUUAAAAAAGUGCAAGUGCAAAUGCGAGGCUCCCACAAUGCGCGAGACCUGAGGCAUGAGCCCAGCAGUCCCCUCCCUAAGAACGGCCCUGGUGGAAAGAAAAACACAAAGAUUAGAGAAUACCAUAAUAAUUAAACCAUUUUUUUUAUUUGUUCAUAAUUGAAAGCUGGUGAUUCAUUUUCACAUAUUUGUUUCACUAGGGAAGUAGCUUUACUGAAAAUGAGAUCAGAGAAAUGUGUUUAUCAAUUCUAAAAGGUAAUUUUUUAAUAAAUAAAAUAGAAUAAAUAAUUGUGUCACAAUUAAUAAUAUACUCAUGAUUUUAGAGCAAUUAGAAGAAAUUACACACACCUUUAUUGGUCCCCCUGGACCACCAGGCCAAUCAAUAAUAGGCAAACCAGGUCCACCAGGAACUCAAGGACCACCAGGUAAUGUUUUUGUAUUAUUUUGUUCUUCACAUCAUCCCCCAUGGUCUGGUAUAGCUAUUAAUUUAAUCUAAUAAAUUAUAUAAAACAUUUAUUCUAUGUGCAUGUAGCAUCAAAUUUACGAUGAAUAUUUUCAAUAACUGAGAAUAUUAACUGUUCAAAGUCACUAAGUUUAAAAAUGUUGUACCUACUUAGGAUUUUAAAAUUAAAUUUAUGUACUUAUUUGAAAUCAUAUUGUUGUGGACGAAAUUAACUAAUUUAAUAAUCAUAAUUAUAAUAUUUUAAUGUCUCGCACAGUAGUAUAGACCCCCGGGUUUUAUGGACCGUUAAACUUAUAUGAUAAACCAAGUUGUGGAUCGUUGACCUAUAAUGAGAAAAGUACCGCCUAGAGUUGAAUUGAUGAUGUACACACAAAAUAAUAUUAAUUAUUAGGUACCAUUGAUUAAAAUAUAUACACUGUAUAUUUAUCAAUCAAACAACAUUUGAUGACAUGGGUAGAGGGGCAUCUCCGUUUGUCAACAGUAGAAAGUUACUGUGAUACGAUAAGUGACAACAGCUCACAUACACACAAAAAUAAUGUUAUUGGAAGAGACCAAAAAAUAAAAUGAGCCACAUAAAAUAUUUAGGUAAUACUCAAAAUCUGAAUCAUUCAUCUUUCUCAGGUUUCUUCACACUAGUUUUUGAUUUUGACCCUCUAACUUUCUGCAAUCCACAAUUGUCACCUGUAUUUUCUAAAAAAUACUCCAUAGCUUUUUAUUAAAACGAGCUUUCAUUUUUUUUUUUAAAUUAACUCCCAUAUAUUAACACAGUAACUCGACAGUAAUAAACUUAUUAAUGUAUUUACAUGUACAUUUUUAGGCGAACCUGGACCACCAGGUUUUGGAAUACCAGGCGAAAAAGGAUUCCAAGGAUCCCCUGGUAUACAAGGUUCAACAGGUAAUAUCUAAUAUUAAUCAAUGAAUUUUACUAUACCUAUUGUUGACAGAGAAUGAAAAGAGUUAAAAUAAUAUUAUUUGUGCUUGGAGAUUAUUUGUGCCGCACCUAUAUGAAAUUUCACAUUAAUUAUAGUACAUAUUUGAUUAAGGUUUUAAUGUUAAUAUUUGGAAGUUUAAAUAAUUAUUUUCUAAAAAAAAAAAAAUAAAAUAAUAAUAUUUGAUUCAUUUUAUAAUAAAAUUAUCUUGAAAGGUACUAUUUGUAUUGAAAGUGACACAGGUAGUCUACUGUUGUAGAUGAAAAGUUAGGAAAAUCAAAUAUAUAGGGUAAUUUAGUUUAUUCAACUAUUAAUCAUUGCAAACCAAAAAUACUCAGGUAAUAUAUAAGGUGAUCAAGAAAUUACAAAUUAAACGACAAAAUUUUUGUUGAUUCUACACUUUUCCCAAGUAUAAGGAAAAAAUUUGAUUUUAGAAAAGAUACUAAUCACUUGAUGAUUGGAUCAAGAUUUCUAAUUCAAAAAUGUAUUGUUUAGAUAUAAAAAUUGAUAAAAAAAAAAAAAUUAUUUUAAUUUUAUCUAAGUUAUUUAAUUUGUAUUAUUUUAGGUCCUGAAGGACCAGUUGGUCCAAAGGGUGAAAAAGGGGAGCGUGGGACAGAAGGUGCUGCAUAUGAAGGAUUACCAGGACCUCGUGGAGCACCUGGUAUAUGUUAAAUAUAUAUCUUAUACUUAACUUUUCUUAUAUAAUAAAGAUAUAUUUAUAUAUUUGUAGGAUUACCUGGAUCAUCUGGCAGACCAGGCGAUAGAGGUGAACUAGGGAGACCCGGUAUGUAUUAAUUUGUAAUUAUAGAUUUUAUUUAAUAUUUAAACAAAAUAUACAUUUAAUUUAUAUAAGUAAAGAACAUAUAGGUUAUUAAUUACAGAUUAUCUAAUUUAAUAAUUUUUUUAAUAGGUCCAGUAGGCCCACGUGGUUAUCCUGGCCCUCAGGGUUCACCAGGAUAUUGUGAAAUGUGUAAUAAUGUUUACUAUGCGGGUAGGUCACCAGUGCCUGGAAAUUCUAAAGGUCCUUAA